CCGAAAAUUCUACACCAAAUGUUCACUAUUGUGAAUGGCAAUCAGAAGAAGAGGGUGACAUGGACACUUACGUUGUGGGAGGCACUAUAUCCGUUAGAAGAGGGAGACCUAAGCACAAGCCGGAGAGUAGCUUGGAUGGAUCGAAUUAUGUAUCCAAGAUUAGGAGAGCUGUUAACCCGGUGGAACUGAUGGGGAUGAAUACUCAACCUAUAGAAGAGGAGUCACCGGUGAAGAAAGUAAGAAGAAAAAUGAUAAGGAUGUUUGAAGAAGUCACCAGGAUAAUAACAGAUUUGCUGACAAUGGAACCUGUGUAUGUGAACAUUACACUACCACCCUAUGACGCCUGGGAAACGUACGAGGAAAAAGUCAUUAGGAUCUUGUCAUACCUAAGGAAGGCAACUUACCUGGGUCAGUGGACUGAAACAUUAGUGAUGGCGUAUUAUUUGGGUCAGCUGGUAGAGGGAAUGGGACUGCGGACUUAUCUUAUCUUACAUUAUCGCCUGGGAAGUUUGCAGAUCUACUAUCUAUUCCAACAAUAG